AUGGGAAAUAGCAACACCAACACCAACACCAACACCAUAAUCACAGCCGAUCAUGGACAUACGCAAUGUACUCCUAUUUUUGAGGGGUCGGGCAUGGGAGCAACAGCAGUCGAGCAACAGCAGUCAGAGGGAGAACUCGCUAGCCUACACGAUACUUCCCACGGCAUCCUCGACGUCGAUCUACGCGACAGUGGGCUACGACAGUCGAAGCGAUACUGUUAUUCUGAAGACCGCCCCUCGGGUCGUCCGUCACAGACAUCGGAGUAUUCGCUUCCCCGAUUUCUUGCCGACUUCACCCUGGGCUUUGCCGAUGGUCUGACGGUACCUUUUGCCCUGACCGCUGGGCUUUCAUCCUUGGGGCAGACCGACACCGUCAUCUAUGCUGGCAUGGCCGAGAUCUGCGCAGGCUGCAUCAGCAUGGGCAUUGGCGGAUACUUGGCAGCCGAGGGAGCGCAAAUGUCAGGCCCAGAUGAUGACGACGGCUGCUGCCGCUGCCAGGAAGACCAGGAGAGAUCUGGCCGGGUCCUCCGGCAACAAGCCGUCGAGCAAUACUUGGCUCCGUUGUGUUUACCUGCAGAACUCAUCCAGACCGUGCUGUCUCACGUUGCUUCCUCCCAGCAAGGUCAGCUACGAUCGUGCAUUGAACAGGCUUGGGCGCAUGAUGGAGAGCCUGCGAAACCACGAGGCCCCUCGCCAAUACUCAUCGGUUGCUCAGUCUCGGUCGGAUACCUGCUAGGCGGGCUUUUACCACUCAGCCCGUACUUCUUCGUGGAUGACGUCCUGAGUGGGCUCCGUUGGAGCUUUGGCAUCUGCGUCCUUGCUCUGUUCAUCUUCGGCUUCGUCAAGGACUAUCUGUUGCACGCUCGACCUGCGAUGGAGGACUGGCACCGGGCCAAGGUGACAACGCAGUUGGCCCAAUGGCCACGGAUAAAGCACAGCAUCUGCGAAGGCGUUCGGAUGGUCAUUUUUGGGAGUAUCGCUGCUGUUGCAGCAGUGCUGUGUGUCAAAGCCUUUGAAGGGACCAUGUCAUAA